GGACUGUUUCACAACACCGGAGAGGGGCGGGCCGAUAGCAGGCCAAUGAGAGGCUUCGCUGCUGAGUCACAUGACCAAACUCUUUAUGUAAUGCUGCUGCACAUGUAAGAGUGGCUAUUGGCCCCUAUCUGGCUACACAUGGAUCUCUUAUUGUGCCCCUGCUGCCGGCAGAUCCUGUGGGAUCCGGUGACUGUGUGCUGUGGGCACAGUUUCUGCAGGAAAUGCCUCCAUGGGCCCUCACCCAGCAAGUGCCUGGUCUGCAAGCAGCGGCUUCACCUCAGAGGCCCCCGGGAGCUAAAGUGCAACACUCUCCUGUGCAACCUCCUAGACAAGUGCCUGGAUAGAGAAACCAAACUGGAAAGGAUCACAAGGGACACGCAGGACUUGAUCUCCCAACAGGAAUACGAGGAGGCUCGGAAAUUGACAUCCAGAGGGAUUGGGCUGGCUCCUGAAGACAUUGUUCUGAGAACAUUGCGCUCCCAGGUGUAUGUGGCUUUAAAGCAGUACCCCGAAGCUCUCCAAGAUGCAGAGUUGAUAUGUAUCUCGCAGCCUCAAAAUCCAGAGGGACAUUACCGAAAGGGAAUAGCUCUAAUGCACAUGAAGGAACAGAAAGAAGCUCUGCUCCAUUUGCAUCAGUGUUUGCUGCUUAACUCUGAAUUCUCUGCAGCCCGGAGGGAGAUGGGACAGCUCUUGGAGGGCCUUGGCUGCUCGGUGCCUUCUGCGAUUGAAGACUUGAUGGAAGAGGCGUUUCGUUACUUGAAAAUAUCCAGUAUGGACACCCCCCAUGUUGUAGUUCCCAUGGAAGCCACCUGCAUGAUGCCACAAUCCAACAGUGCCUGCAUGAAUCUUCGCUCUGAUACAGAUGAGGAAAGAACAUCAUCCAUGGCUCAACCAUCUGAAGUGGCUGCAAAGAGUUCAUCUAGUUACAACCAAGAGCACCAACCAGACAAAGGAGAAAUAAAUCAUAAAUUAGAAGAAGAGAAGCUGAAAUGUUGCCAGAAGUCCAGACCAUCAUUGGAAGAACUCCUCAGCCUUUCUGAUGUUGAAUGCUCUCUCUGUAUUAGAAUGUUUUUAGACCCUGUCACUACACCCUGUGGCCACACCUUCUGCAAAGAAUGUCUAGAGCGAUGUAUGGACCAUCAGCCAUAUUGUCCAUUGUGUAAACAAAGUCUUAGAGAGUACUUAAGAGUAGGGCGUUACCCGGCCACUGCCCUUCUACAGGACAUCAUGUCGUCCAUAUUUCCUUUGGAAAUGAUGGACCGCAAUCAAGUUCAUCUGUCUGAAAUGGCUGAGCUGUCCAACCUGGUUCACAACGUGCCAAUUUUUAUCUGCACUAUGGCCUUUCCUGGCAUUCCCUGCCCACUCCAUAUCUUUGAACCGCGUUACCGACUUAUGAUGCGGAGAUGCCUUGAGACAGGAACAAAGAGCUUUGGGAUGUGCCUGUAUGAGAGUGGAAAAAGCUUUGCUGACUAUGGCUGUAUGCUGGAGAUCUUGAAUUUAGAUUACCUGCCCGAUGGCCGCUCAUUGGUUGAGACUAUUGGCAGAAGACGUUUCCGAGUGGUGAAGAGGGGUCAGCUGGAUGGGUACCACACCGCAGAGGUAGAGUACCUUGUAGACAAGGUUCUGGAAGGGGAAGAGCUGCAGGAAACAGAACGAUUACAUGAUAUGGUUUACCAACAAUUGGAGGAAUGCUUCUCCCAGAACCAAGGCAGCCUCCCUAGACGGAUCUUUAUGCAAUACAACCAGCCGCCUCCAAAAGAGGACAAUAUACAGGCUUCUCCUGAUGGGCCAUCUUGGUGCUGGUGGCUUCUGUCUAUCUUGCCCUUGGAUCCAACCUACCAGUUGCUGAUACUCUCAUUAACCUCCUUGAAAGAGAGACUUUUACACUUGAAGCACAUUCUAUCGAUGUUCCUUCCAACCCAGUCCUAAGAUGUGCUGUUACUGCCCUGCAAGCAAUGAAGCACAAGAAAACCAUCAAUAUCCUUUCCGUAACCGCGUACCUUACAAAAAAGGGAUUUCUAAAGUUUUCUCAGUGCAUUGUUUGCUGAAAGAAAGACAAUUUUCUGAACAUUUCCUGCACGCCACAUGGCUAGGAAAUUAACUUAUUACUUGUCGUCCUUCUAAUAGACAGUUUUUACCUCGCAUAUAAAAAAAUUCAGGAAUUUUCGCCUACUCUGUUAAAAAAAAGUACGUGAAAUAACAGGAUUUUAUCGCUUAAUAUAAAGGAAUUAUUUGACUAUAAGCUACAUAUAAAGAUUUUUCAUGAAACUGCUGACCUGCGCCCUUCUUUGCUACAUGUUUUUAUAUUGGGCAUGUCGGUUUUGUCCUCGACUACGCCCAUGAGAUUCUACAUUCUGCCAACGUUUGACAGUGAAGUUCCCAGGUUAUGAAGCCAACACAGGAACCCGGAACUUAUGUGAAGAUCUUUCUAUAGUGCUAUCUGGAGUAUCCAAUUACAUCCAUCUACUAUUGCUUCUGUCAAUAUGCCUGUUGUCAGGCCCAAAAUUAGGUUGAAGAACAGUAUCAGACUGGUCCACCAGGAUACCAGGGAAACUCCCGGUGGGCCCAGGGGUCAGUGAGCCCUCCUGCUCCUGACCAUUUGGCCUGUUUCAUGCUAUAUUUCUGAAUGGGAUGAAAGAGGAGAAAUGGAUGGAAGAAUAGAUGCUAGCAUGGAAAUAAAAGACUUGGAGAAUAAAGAGGUUUGGUGAGGAAAGGAGGAAAAAUAUUUGGGAGAGAGGUCCUAUGGUCUAAAGUUUUUGUGGUGGGCCCCUGGGGUUCCAGUCCGACCCUGCGCAAGAACACCACCUGGAUUCUGUUUAAAAGAAAUCAGAUAAGAUUUAAUUUACAUUGACGGUGAAACAAUGUACGAUACAAUAUCGUACAUUAAACUUCCAAAUUGUUUACAUUAUAUCAUGACUUUUUAUACCCUUCAGUGGGGGAUUUCCAAUAGCCCCAACUGCCCCCAUAUCUUGUCCAAUCAGAGUCCAAUGUUCCCAUUAUUAUCUGUUCAUCUUUCAUGAAGCUUCUUCUGACGCUUGACCUCUUGCGAUAACAGAAGUUCUGGACUUUCCAAAACAUCACGUGACAUCUGAGGUUCUUCGAUAACGUGGGGUGAUGGUCGAUGAUUCAGCAUGUUCUUUAAAAUUAUAGCAGACGGACAUUUUUUAUCUGUAAACAACAUCAAAACAUUUUCUGCAAUGUCUUUCCGGUUCUAGUCCUUAAAUAUAUCUGUAGGCCUAAAGCUUUUAUGUCUAUGGUUAAACCUGUCCUCACGUUCCCUCCUUAAAUAUAAUUUGUUUCACCUAA